AUGUCACACGUUCCUCAUAUAUCGAAUUCAGAGAGCUCAGAAGACGAGUUAAGCCGUACUCCCGAGAGGAAGAACGCCACAAGAGAGCCAUCUCAGCCUCAUUCAGCCUUGUCUCAUAGAUUUAGAGAAUCACCCCAAAUGUCCCGCGAUGAUCGUCCACAGGGCAGAGAGUCCGCAGAAGAUGGCUUUGCGGUCAUGGUCCCAGCACCUGCUCGGCCCUGGGAAUAUCAACCGUGGCGCGGAGAUACAACUGUUGAGACUGUACUAGAGGAGGCGGAAGAACUUGAUGGCGAGCAGAUGUACAAGAUUGAGUUUGAGGAUGGACGGAAGGAAAACGUGAGUGUGAAUUUACUAUGCGAUAGACUCGUACCAUCCUCAAUUGUGAUUAUCUACGAAGUCCCCGUUUAUACCGUUUGCAAAAGCCAAUUACAGAAGUGGUCAACGCAAGUUUCCUUUGACAAGCUUCUUACCCUUCGAAACGGUCGUAACGCCUUGAAUUUCUACAAUACUGGUGAUAGCCAGGUGAAAUCUUCAUCAUCAGUUAUGGAUUCUCAAGAUGAAAGUCUGGAGUCCGUCAAUGCCAACGGCAGGGGGAAGCGUAUUCGUACAAAGGCCCAGAGCAAAGAUUACGUCGACAUCACCAAGGAGGUACUUGACUUUGACGACGAGGAUGAACUUUACGCAGACCAGGGAGCGGCGAAGAAGCGACGUCAUGAGAAGGGCCGCAUCACACUCUUGACUAAGAAUGGCACUCGACAAAGCAGCAGGGUUGUCAGCGGUGGUAGCAGCCGUCCACCAUCACGCGCUAUUGGCGAAGAGAGCUCCGAUUCUGACAUAGUCUCCUCGACUGCGAGAGGCACUCGAACGACCAGCGGGGCACCAGUUGCCACUCGAUCUUCUGGGCGCGUUACACGGUCCAUCAAAGCCAAACCCCGCCUCACUUCAAAGCAUGUUGCUAAAGAUGAUAACAAUGACGAACUGGCAGAGGGUGCGCGGGACGAGAGCGAAGACUCGGAUAUCCAAUAUGUCCAACAUAAAAGUAAGAAGAAAGCCAAUAACGGCCGGAACAGAUCUCAAUCCCAAGGCAAAGAAAAGCCUGGCAGAGGACGUCCCCAUCGCAUUGUGAGCGAAAGUGAGUCCUCUUCUGAGGACAAUCAGCCAACUCGACGCUCGGGGCGAGACAGGAUCAUCAAAAGCAUGAAGGAGCGGGACAUGGACGAGGAAGUCUAUGCGGAUGAAGUCGCCAAAUCCAACGCCCCAAAAGUCAUCAGUAUUCGAGAGAUAUACCAGCCCGUUCCGAAGCAAUCUCCAUUCGCAAGCUUUCAUAGGGAUAUUUGUGAUGUGUGCAAGGGAUUUGGAAACAAUUCCAAUAAAGGCACGAGUCCAUUGAUCUAUUGCCAAGGCUGCUCUACCUCGAUUCAUAAAGUCUGUCUCGGUUAUCGUAGUGCUAGAGAGCACAUGGUUACUAAGGUUGGUCAUGAAAAUUUUGUUAUGCAGUGUCGUAAAUGUAUCGGCGUCCCAGGGAAAAAGGAUCCUUCAGCGCCUCCCCUGGACAUUUGCCAGGGAUGCAUGAAGCCUGGACCCGCUUGCAAGUCAUUCUCCGCCAAAAAGACAGCAAAGCAAGAAGAGAAAUUACGAGAAGAAAAUAACGGAGACGAUCCCGUGACAAAAGUGGCCGAGGAGCUCAUCAACAAUCCCCGCAAUGUCUUGUUUCGCUGCACUCGUUGUCAGCGGGCUUAUCACUUUGUACAUCUCCCGGGUCGAAAGAAGACUUCUAAGACCCCCAAUGAUACUGAGGGGAUUCGCGUAGCACGACUCAAGGAAUAUACUCCCAAAUGGCAGUGCAAAGAUUGUUGUGACAUGCCCGAAAAGCCGCAAGGGUUAGUUGCUUGGAGACCUGCAGAUCCUGAAUCGUACAAUCCCGAAGAUACGCUUGAGGAGUUCAGAGAAGACCAAAAGGAAUAUCUGAUCAAGUGGGAGGACAAGUCGUACUUUCAAUGCAAUUGGAUGCCUGGCAGUUGGGUCUGGGGCGUCACUGCUAAGACUAUGCGAAAUGCAUUCGCUCGCCGUGACGAAGGUGCCAAUGAGAAGCCCAAAUGGACUGAAAAGGAGGCGAUCCCCGAGGAAUAUCUUACCAUGGAAAUCAUAUUGGACGUUGAGUAUGAUUCCGAAUUCGAGCCCGAGUCUGAAGAAGUCGAUAAGGCUCAAAUCAGCAUGAUCGAUCAAGUUUUUGUAAAAUUCGAAGGUCUCACUUAUGACGAUGCGGUAUGGGAGGCGCCCCCCAAACCUGAGGAGACGGACCGAUGGAGCGCCUUCGUGGCAGCCUAUAAUGAAUAUCUUGCUGGGAAAUACUUUAAACAACCUUCUGCACUGAUUCUAAAGCAACGUGCUGACGAGUUCCGGUCGCUCAACUACAAAAAGAAGAUUGGGCUGCAAACGAAACAGCCCCCCGAGCUUACUUUUCCCAUGUUCAAGUACCAAAUCGAAGGCUUCAAUUGGCUUCUCGAAAAGUUUCACCAGAAGAAGAACGUCGUUCUGGCCGAUGAAAUGGGUCUAGGAAAAACUGUACAACUUAUAGCUCUCAUGGCUUAUCUCGUGAAGGAUCGUCCCAAGUGCUGGCCGUUCCUCGUAGUCACGCCUAACUCGACGUGUCCAAAUUGGCGCAGAGAACUUAAGAAGUGGGCACCCGGUCUCCGCGUUGUAGCCUACUAUGGUGCUAAGAAGGCUCGCGAAAUGGCCUAUGAAUAUGAACUAUAUCCUGGUAACUCUUCGGAAAUGAGAGCCCAUGUGGUAAUCACAUCUUACGAGGCACCAGUGGAUGAUCAUAGUCGAUCAUUUUUCAGGAAAAUCAAGUGGGCUGGCUUGAUCGUGGAUGAGGGCCAACGUUUGAAAAACGACGAAAAUCUUUUGUAUGGAGCGCUGAAGGCCUUGAAAGCACCCUUCCAGGUCCUCCUGACUGGUACACCGCUUCAGAACAACAAACGCGAGCUGUUUAAUCUUCUUCAAUUCCUUGACUCUUCCCUAAACGCUUCUAAACUGGACGAUGAAUACGAGGAGCUGACAAAGGAGAACAUACCGGAGCUCCAGGACCUUAUCAAACCAUUCUUUCUCAGGAGAACAAAACUUCAAGUUUUGAAACAUUUGCCAACGCUUGCGCAAGUGAUUCUUCCAGUAACCAUGAGCCUUGUCCAGAAAAAGCUUUACAAGUCCAUUUUGGCUAAGAACCCGCAACUUAUCAAAUCAAUCUUUGGUCAAAGCACAGCGGUUCUUCGUCCUACAGAAAGGGGCAAUUUGAACAACAUACUGAUGCAACUUCGCAAAUGUCUUUGCCAUCCUUUCUUGUACAGCUCUGCUAUUGAAGAGACCUCUGUGAGCGAAGAAGCUAUGCAUCGAAACCUUAUCGAUGCUUCCGCCAAAUUUCAGCUUCUAGAGCUCAUGUUGCCUAAAUUGAGAGAACGUGGCCAUCGUGUUCUUAUGUUCAGUCAAUUCCUAGAUCAACUCAACUUGAUUGAAGAUUUCUUGAAAGGCCUUGACCUUACCUUUCGGCGUAUCGAUGGUACCGUUAGCGCCCAAGAGAAGCAGAAGCGAAUUGACGACUACAACGCCAAAGACUCCCCGAUAUUUGCGUGUCUCCUCUCCACCCGUGCUGGAGGGGUGGGCAUCAAUUUGGCAACCGCGGACACUGUUAUCAUCAUGCCCCAGCAAGAUAUCCAAGCCAUUUCUCGUGCUCAUCGUAUCGGUCAACAAAAAAAGGUCCUCGUCUUCCAGCUAAUGACCAAAGAUACAGCCGAAGAGAAAAUCAUUCAAAUCGGUCGCAAAAAAUUAGCUCUCGGCGCUUUGAUAGAGACUAUCGGCGCCGAGGAUGAUGCUGGUGUUGAUAUGGAAUCUAUUCUCAAGCAUGGUACAGAGGCAUUGUUCAAUGAUGACGAUCGCAACGACAUCCAUUAUGACUCGGCAUCUGUGGACAAGCUCCUAGAUAGAACUCAAGUCGAGAAUACUAAUAUGGACGAAGAUAAGACUGCAGAGUCUCAAUUCUCCCUUGCACGUGUUUGGGCUUAUGAUAAAGGCACCCUCACAGAUGACGUUGGUGAUCCAGAUGCAGAACAAGCUGCUCCCGACAUUUCAGUGUGGGAGCAGAUCCUAAAGCAACGCGAAGCGGAUGCAGCAGCAGAAGCAAAAAGGAACAUGCACGAAUUUGGACGUGGAAAACGUGCUCGCCACAACGUCAAUUAUCAAAGGUCUAACAUGGACGUCGACGACGAUGCGGUACCGUCUACACACCCGAAAGCGAAACGCCGUCCCGACGAAUCGGCCAGUGAUUUAGAUUUCGCUGAAGCUGACAAUACGGAUGGAGAUGAAGAGUCUGACCCAGGCGACGGGAUAGAUCCCCGGGAGUUGGAGUCUAGUCAAGAUCGCUCGAAAGGUACGCGCAAAAAAGUUCAGAAACGUCCAACCCCUCAAAAGUCGGUUUCAGUCGCCAAGUCAGCGACGCCAGCGAAACAGGUGACAAAGGUCAAGUAUACAACACCCAGCGCCAAGACCGCCAAGAGCAAACCUCAAGCGCCUCAAGCGAAAAAGCAGAACGGCGCUGGCAAGUUACCGCUAAGCUCUAACAAAGCUUUUGCUGCCAAAAAGGGCUCUGUAAACCAAUUUGUUGCUUCAAAACCACCAGAUGGUUCUACAAAGAACUCAGCAGGCAUCAGCAAGACGCAAGAUCCUGAUGAAACGAGUAGCAUCAAGCGAUCAACUAUUUCGAAACCUCCUCUGGCAACUCAAGGCAUUCAAAAUCAGAAGAACUCUAUGGAGGAGUCGACCGCAGGUUCUAAUGCGAAGAUCGUAAAGACGCAGAUUUCUACAGCGUAUCCAGUCAUCGUUUCUAGUGGCAAGCAAGUGCAAGCCGUCCAAACUUCAAUUCAAAAGAACGCUUUCAACACAACAGACUACCAGACAAAAUCCUCCUCUCACAGUCAUGAACACGUCCAAGGACAUGGCCACCCACAUCCACAUCCACACCAACAGCAACAACAACAACACUCACGCUCAUACCUACCCCAGCCCCAAUCCCAGCCCCCUCCAAACACCAGGAAAGGAGUCCCUAGGGCAGCCAUAUUACCCCCCAAAAAGUCUUCCGAACCAAAACCCUCGAAGCAAUACCCAAGCGGCGACAGAUUCCCCCCUGGAGCCUCCAACCACCAAGAUCGUCCGAAUCAAGCUCCUAUCCUCCCGGUCCAAUUCGCAGACCCUGUCUCACAGCUACGCUUCCAAUAUGGACAGCCCCAGCAACAAGGUCUCCCAACUCAAUCCAAUCAGCCCCAAAUUAACAAUAACGGGCCCAUCCAGAGACCAACCUUCCACAUGGAUAGCUCCCAAAACCGGCCCAUGCCCCCUCUUAUCCCCCCCACAAGCCAAUUCAUCCCCAGCAAUGGGAGUUUCCCACAACAAGUCAGUGGACACUCGACCAACCAAGAAGCGCAAGGUCACAGAGGGCCAGAGAGAAUAAUGCGACCCGGGGAAACACACCAAAGAAACCCAAGCACAUACCAGCAGUCGAAUCCUCAGCGGUCAAAUGCUGGGCUAUCACCGAAACCGAUCGAGGGAACCGAUUGUUCGCUCUGUGGUAUGUCCCAUAUCGGGAUCAUCGUCAACUGCCCUCAGAUCACGACUGAAUCUGAGAUCCGUGUCCUGCUCGAUGGACUCAAAGACUUGGCACACACUGACCAAGCCCCGAAGGUUGAUAUCGCAAGGAGAUUUCUAAGAGGGGAACUUGCGAAGCUGGUCCAAAGGAAGAAAGCUCGUAAGCUUGCGCAAUAA